AUGAAGCUCUUUUACAAGCAUGCUCCCCGAGAUAACAGAGCUACGGAAGAUUAUGAGCAUCUUGCAAAAGAGGUGGUCUCUUAUUCUUGUGGGCUCCCAUUAACACUUAAAGUUCUCGGUUCUUUUUUGUGUGACAAGGACAUUAAUGAGUGGAAGAGUGAAUUAGUGAGACUGAAAGAGAUCAUGGAUACUGAUAUUGUGGAAAAGCUAAAAAUCAGCUUUGAUGGGCUUAAACCUGUUGAGAAAGAUUUGUUCCUGGAUAUUGCAUGUUUUUUUAGGUCGGAAUACAAAGAUGAGGCAAUGAAGAUCCUUGAUGCCUGUGGUUUUCAUCUGGUUGUAGGAGUGAAGGUGUUGAUACAAAAGGCUCUUAUAACCAUUUCAAAUGGAAAGUUUGAUAUGCAUGAUCUGGUUCAAGAAUUGGGACACUACAUUGUUAGAGGGGAGCACCCUAACAAUCCUGAAAAACAUAGUAGAGUUUGGAAGAAGGAAUAUGUUCUAAAUAUAUGUGCUAUGGAUGGAAUGGUGGUAAUGGUUUAG